CCCCCCCCGCACCUGGCCGGGGUAGCGCCAUGGGCCGCCUCUUCGGGCGCGCAGCACUGCGGGCUCUGCUCUCUGGGCCGCGCGGCCCGGGCCCGCGCCUGCUCGUGCGGCCCAGCUCGGGGGGGCCCACAUGGACCCAGGAGAGGACCUUGGUGGCAGUAAAGCCAGAUGGGGUCCAGCGUCGGCUUGUUGGGACUGUGAUCCAGCGCUUUGAGAGGCGAGGCUUCAAACUGGUUGGGAUGAAGAUGCUGCAGGCACCUGAGAACAUCCUUGCUGAGCACUACCAGGACCUACAGAGGAAGCCCUUCUACCCAGCCCUCAUCAGCUAUAUGAGCUCUGGGCCUGUGGUGGCCAUGGUACAGUCUGAUAGAGUCUGGGAGGGAUACAAUGUGGUCCAUGCCUCAAGAGCGAUGAUAGGACACACGGACUCCACUGAGGCUGCCCCUGGAACCAUCCGGGGAGAUUUCAGCAUUCAUAUCAGCAGGAACAUCAUUCAUGCCAGUGACUCUGUGGAAGGAGCUCAGAGGGAGAUCCAGCUGUGGUUCCAGAAUAGUGAGCUGGUGAAUUGGGCAGACGGUGGCCACGAUAGCAGCACCUACCCAGCCUGAGGGCUCAUGCCACCCUUGGCACUCCAUUGUCCACCAAGGACCAACUACCUUGGUCAACAAGAACUCAAGCCUACACCUUGCCUGUCUCUCCUAAACCACUUCCUUGUUCACCUUCUGCCCCACACCACCCCACAGGAGUUUGAACUUCAACUUUACGUGCCUUUCUGUGUCCUAUGCCAGCACAAAAUUAGACCAAAUCCUGUAUCAAA